CCAAACCCCAACCGUCUGUUGGAUGUCCAGAAGGUGUGUUAUGAUCCCUUUCGCAGAAAUUGCCAAAAGGGGGAGACGGCGGCUUAUCGAUUCAACUGAUAAAGAGCAGCAUUUAAGAGGACAGAUGUGCGAGGACAAAACAAACGAAAAAACACACACGACCGACGAGAACAAGCGAACAGCCGCGCUCAUCGUACACCAGUCCCCGCACCUUGGACCGCACAUUAACUGGAAUACCGAGACAUGCUGCUCGGCAUUUUCCUCUGCGCGUGCUGCAUCGGCGUCGCACUGGCCGAUUCCGGACCACACCUGGCCAAUGACUGGGGAGAAUCUGUCCGCCUGAGACACCUGUACGCGGCAAGACCCGGUCUGCACCUGCAGAUCAGCAAAGACGGGAAGAUCGGAGGAUCGCACGUGCAGAGCUCGCACAGUUUGGUGGAGAUCCGCACCGUCGACACAGGCUGUGUGGUUAUUAAAGGUGUCGCGAGCUCACAGUAUCUCUGCAUGGAAGCUAAUGGAAAGCUAUAUGGCUCGUACAUUUAUAUAAAGGACGACUGCUCUUUUCUUGAACAAGUUAUGGCAGACGGCUACAACAUCUACGUCUCGGGCAAACACGGGACCCUCGUGAGCUUGGCUGGUGGGAAGAACCGACGUCAAAAUGCUCUCUCACAGUUCCUGCCCUUGCUCAAUUCUCUGCCACAGGAGCCUACAGAGUACAACGAGAGAAAAGUGCAUUCUGCAGUUGACCCAGAACAGGAUCUUCACUUAGGUGUACAAGCAGACAGCAUGGAAUCCUUUGGGAGGAUCUCCCAGAUUGUCAUUCAAAGCCCAAGUUUCAACAAAAGAUGAGAAGAGUUAAAAGUUUUCAAAGAUGGGACUCAGUUCAAUCUCUUAUGCAGAGGCAAGAGGCUGAACGGAACCAGCCUGGUCUGAAAGCAGAGCCCAGACAGAAUUUACAGACUUGGGGCAAGAGGAGGAUCAGGUUUCCCAAAGAUCAUUCUUAACCCCGGUUGCACGGGUGGAUUACGCAGAAUACGCUUCAAAGUAGUAGUUCACUUCUACUUCAGAUAGUAGAUCACUCCAAAUGGUAAAUGUUAAAGCUCAAAGUAAAGUGUGAGCAGCUUUAUUAGUUUUAUUUAUUCUAAAAAUGAUAUUCACUGCCAUGCCUAGUCUCUGUAUCGUAUAGUAAAGUUUUUUUUUUUUUUUACUGUGCACUUGUAUAUAAACUGUAAGACAGGAUUUUAUAUUUGUUGUAUUUAUCAUAGGCUGUACUUUAUGAACUACUUUUGUUAGACUCAAAUAUGUGUAAUUCUGAUCAAAUCUGGCGUCAUUAUGAAACAAAACGAUUCUUAUUAUUAAAGCUUGUGAUUCAAAAGAAUACUAAUCACACUAUUUGACAGAUAAAUAGUGAUGGAAUUGUUUAGGAUCACAAAUCUAAAAAAAAAUAAAAAUGUACAAUACAUAUGUAUGAAUCAAUCAAUAAAAAACACGUUUUUAAGACAAAGAACCGUAUGAACCAUUAAUUGCACAUAAAAUGUCACAUAAAAGUAUGUAUGGAUUUAUAAUGAAAUCUAAUAUCUUCCAACAUAUUAUAGUACUUACUCAUUCACUGAAAAUGAAUGUAAUGACAUUCUUUUACUGCAUUAUAC